AUGGCAUUUAUAGAAGAGGAAGAGGAUGUUGGUUAUGAUGGUGAUUGGCUGGCCAAAGGGGACACAGCUUAUGACAUCUUAGAGAAUCUCAAGGAGAUGUUUGGAGACCAAACUAGUGCAGCCAAGCAAAAUGCACUUAGGGAGAUUCUUACUUCUAAAAUGGAGGAAGGAACUCUUGUUAGAACUCAUGUCUUGAGGAUGAUGAGUCUUCUCAAUGACAUGGAGGUUCUUGGUAAGGUUGAUGAGGCUACUCAAAUUGAGAUGAAACAGGGUAAGAAGAAGAAAAAGGCUAACAAGCCAAAGCUCAAAAUAAUUGUUGUAGCUAAUGGUGCAAAUGGUGUUAUGAAAAGCCCAAAGACAAGUGUUUUCACUGCAAGCAACCUGGUCACUGGAAGCAGCAAUAUCCAACUUGGAUAG